AUGUCCUCUUUGGAUGCACGCCUCGCCCCUGGAGCCAACUUCUUCAAGCUCACGACUGACGAUGACGAGGACAUCGAGAGUGCCAUCUGGCGCAUCAACACUUCCACGAGCACGAUCAUGGCACACUGGGUGAUCCUCCUGCUCACCGGCGACGAUGCAGUAUUUGCUCGCGCUUACAUGACGACUCCUGUCGUGAAACUUAUUUGGGAGAUCGCUAGUCACCACAUGGGGAACACGCUCGAGUGA